GCAGGAUAUUUGUAGAGCUCAUGACAAAUGUGAUACUUUAGGUUUGGCCGAAUUGGGUACAGUCUGUGAUCCAUACCGAAGUUGUUCAAUUAGUGAAGACAGUGGACUAAGUACUGCUUUUACAAUUGCACAUGAACUUGGCCACGUAUUUAACAUGCCCCAUGAUGACAAUAAUAAGUGCAAAGAAGAAGGAGGAAAAAGCCAGCAACAUGUUAUGGCUCCCACCCUCAACUACAACACUAACCCCUGGAUGUGGUCAAAAUGUAGCCGUAAAUACAUCACGGAAUUUCUGGACACUGGAUACGGGGAGUGUUUGCUUGAUGAGCCUUCAUCAAGAACCUACACUUUGCCUCAACAACUUCCUGGUCAUAUGUAUGAUGUCAAUAAGCAGUGCGAGUUAAUUUUUGGGCCUGGAGCUAAGGUUUGCCCUUAUAUGAAGCAGUGCAGAAGACUAUGGUGCAUUAAUGAUGACGGAGCACAUAAAGGAUGUCGUACACAACACACACCGUGGGCAGAUGGGACGGACUGUGGCCUGGGAAAGCAUUGCAAGUAUGGCCACUGUGUUCCCAAAGAGCGAGAACUACCUAUGAUAGACGGGGCUUGGGGCGCAUGGAGCCCCUUCGGAGCUUGCUCACGAACAUGUGGUGGGGGUAUUAAAAAUGCCAUUCGAGAAUGCAACAGGCCUGAGCCAAAAAAUGGUGGAAAAUACUGUGUGGGGCGCAGGAUGAAAUUUAAAUCGUGCAACACUGAACCAUGUUCUAAACUAAAGAAAGAUUUCCGUGAUGAACAGUGUGCUGUCUUUGAUGGGAAGCAUUUUAACAUUAACGGUCUACCUCCUAAUGUGCGCUGGGUUCCUAAGUAUAGUGGAAUUUUAAUGAAAGACCGGUGCAAGCUCUUCUGCAGAGUGGCAGGAAAUACAGCUUAUUAUCAGCUCAGGGACAGGGUUAUUGAUGGCACCCCUUGUGGCCCAGACACAAAUGACAUCUGUGUACAAGGACUUUGUCGGCAAGCUGGAUGUGAUCAUGUGCUCAAUUCCAAAGCCAGAAGGGAUAAAUGUGGUGUGUGUGGUGGCGAUAAUUCAUCGUGCAAAACCAUUGCAGGGACAUUCAAUACAGUGCACUACGGUUAUAACACUGUGAUACGCAUUCCAGCCGGUGCUACAAAUAUCGACGUUCGGCAGCAUAGUUACUCAGGGAAACCAGAAGAUGAUAAUUACCUUGCAUUGUCAAGCAGUGAGGGCUUCAUAUUAAAUGGAGACUAUGUUGUCAGUAUGUUUAAGAAGGAAAUCAAAAUUGGAAAUGCUGUCAUAGAAUACAGUGGCUCAGACACUCCCGUUGAACGAAUCAAUUCUACUUACCGCAUUGAUCAAGAAAUAGUUCUUCAGGUUUUAUCAGUGGGUAAUUUAUAUAAUCCUGAUGUUCGAUACACAUUCAAUAUCCCCAUCGAAGAUAAACCUCAGCAGUUUUAUUGGAAUGUCUAUGGACCUUGGCAGCCCUGCAGUAAACUCUGCCAAGGAGAACGAAAAAGGAAACCAAUUUGCACCCGGGAAUCUGAUCAGCUCAUGGUAUCUGACCAAAGAUGUGAUAAAAUUCCCCAACCUGAUCCAGUGACGGAGCUGUGUAAUUUAAAUUGUGAAUUAAGGUGGCAUAUUGUCAGAAAAAGUGAAUGCUCUGUGCAGUGUGGAAUGGGCUAUAAAACUCUGGAAAUGUCCUGUGCCAAGUACAGCAAGCUUGAAGGCAAAAUUGAAAAGUAUGAUGACCGAUACUGUAGUGGGAUACCCAAGCCAAACUCUAGGGAAAAAUGUUCAGGAGACUGUAACACUGGAGGAUGGCGCUAUUCAGCCUGGACUGAAUGCUCUAAGAGCUGUGGUGGUGGCACAAAGAGGCGUCGAGCUGUCUGCAUGAACACAUUCAACGAUGUUUUGGAGGACAGUAAAUGCAUUCAGCAGGAAAAAGUGACCGCACAGCGGUGCAACGAACUCCCAUGCCCGCACUGGAAAACAGGAGAUUGGUCAGAAUGUUUGGUAACCUGUGGAAAAGGGCACAAGCAUCGGCAGAUCUGGUGCCAAUAUGGAGAAGAUCGGAUCAAUGACAGGCUUUGUGAUCUUCAGGCCAAACCAGAUUCCAUGCAAGAUUGCCAGCAGCAAGAAUGUGCAGCAUGGCAAGUAGGAUCAUGGGGCCAGUGCACAGUAACCUGUGGGCAAGGCUACCAGAUGAGGGCAGUGAAAUGUGUUGUUGGUGCCUACAUUUCUGUAGUAGAUGAUAAUGAAUGCAAUGCUGCAACCAAGCCAACAGAUGCACAGGACUGUGAGACAGUACCAUGUCGUCUUCAUCCUAGCAGCCCAGAAAUCAAGCCAAACAGUCACAGAACCCAGUGGAGAUUUGGAUCCUGGACUUCUUGUUCUGCUACCUGUGGGAAAGGCACCAGGAUGAGGUAUGUCAGCUGUCGUGAUGAUCAGGGCUCUGUGGCUGAUGAAGCCACCUGUUUCCAUCUACCAAAACCGUCAGCAACAGAAGCGUGUCUUGUAAUAUCUUGCGGCCGGUGGAAAGCCUUGGAAUGGAGCUCAUGCUCUGUAACUUGUGGGCAAGGUAAGGUGACCAGGCAAAUACUCUGCGUAGAUUACAAUGACCAGAGUAUCGAUAGAAACGAGUGCGAUGCCGAAGAUAUCCUUGCAACAGAGCAGGACUGCUCUAUGCCAUCAUGUCAGCAGAUCAGCCUGGAUAACAGGCCCGCUAAUCCUUUUCCUUACCCUGAUUAUCAUCAAAAAAACAAUCAAGGUGGGCACCCAAAUCGAAAUCAAGGUCAUGGACAUGGAGGCAACCAGUGGCGAACUGGACCAUGGGGAGCAUGCUCAAGUACCUGUGCUGGUGGAUUUCAACGGCGAGUUGUCGUAUGCCAGGAUGAAAAUGGAUACGCUGCUGAUAAUUGUGAUGCAAGGAUGAAACCAGAUGAGCUAAGAUCCUGUGAAUCAGGACCCUGCCCUCAGUGGGCCUAUGGAAGCUGGAGUGAGUGUACAAAGUCAUGUGGUGGAGGAACCAGAACGAGGCUAGUCGUGUGCCAGCAUUCCAACGGAGAGAGAUUUACUGAUCUGAGCUGUGAAAUCCUUGACAAGCCACCAGACCGCGAGCAGUGCAAUGUGCAGGACUGUCCCCAAGAAGCUGCCUGGAAGGCUGGCCCUUGGAGCUCGGUACGACCAUAACAUAAUUAUU